GUCAUGUUUGAGGCGGGCAUUGCGGAAGUCGGUGUGAGAAGAGGUAAAGGAAACUUCGGGCUACGAGAAGCUUGAAACCACAGACAUCGUGGGAGUCAUUCAGUGAGAAAGGAUUUGAAAUUGAGGACUGAGAGCUCCAUUGAAAUUAUAGAGCACAUUGAGGUGUACACAUCCUGAUCACCUCUGGCGAAAAAAAAAAAAAAAAAUACCCUAUCUGAUAUCUACAGAAAUCUUAGCGAACAUGUCCGGCCAGGGAGACGACUGUUACUUUUUCUUCUACUCCACCUGCACCAAGGGGGACAGCUGUCCGUUCCGCCACUGUGAGGCUGCAAUCGGAAGUGAAACUGUUUGUACUUUAUGGCAAGAAGGACGCUGUUAUCGUCAGGUCUGCAAAUUCCGGCACAUGGCUAUUGAUAAGAAACGAAGUGAAAUACCAUGCUACUGGGAAAAUCAGAUGUCCGGCUGCCAGAAAGCUAACUGUGCCUUUUAUCAUUACAAAGGGCGUUUUGUGGACGGGGCCUUUCUACCUCCCAGCAAGACCCUCAUGCCCAUGCCUGAACCCCCAGAGGCUGAACCCACAGUGUCUCAGUUACAAGUGGCACAAAACAAGAUUUCUGUGGCUCCCACACCACAGUUACGUGGGGUAAAAAAAAUGGAGGCAAAUGAAAAUGUUCCGAGCCCAACACAUCCGCCUGUGGUGAUCAAUGCUGCGGAUGAUGAUGAAGAUGAUGAUGACCAAUUUUCUGAAGAAGGAGAAGAUUUAAAAAAUUCCAGUCAGCAGCAUCUGUCACCUGGCAAUCAACAAGGUGUGCGUGGCAUCUCUACAAAAAAAGCAGCAACACCUAAGAAAGGUGACAGUUUGAAUUUUGGCAUUAAAACACUAGAGGAAAUAAAGUUAAAAAAACACAAAGUGAGGGAAUGUGCCCAAGAACAUGUAGCCGCCUCGGUUGCUCAAAACACGGGCCCCUCUGAUACUCAGGUUUCUGAAAUGGUUGUACCAAUAGUCCGAACUGUCACUUUCUCAAAAAAGAAAGACCCAUCCAAUGUACGUCUGAGUUUGUCCCAGAGAUUGGGGAAGCGUAAAUUAUCUGGACCCGAUAGCCCACUGGGAGAUCGUCUUCCUCCUGUGAAGAAAAAUCUCUCUGAGAGACUCGGAAAGAAGGUCAUGCCUGCUCAAAGUGGCCCCGAAAGUCUAUCAAAAAAAGUUCAGUUUCCCCGUUUUGUAAAGGAUCGGCUGGGGUUACCUGCAGAGCAGAACAGUGCAGAAACAGAGAGAGCUGCCAACCCAGCUGCUAAGUUCCAUAUUAAGACACUUGAAGAGAUUCGUCAAGAAAAAGCUAACAUUAAAAAGGACCACCCAGAUAAUCCCACAAAUGUAAAGCAGAGUUUGGCGCCCAGUCGCUCUCCUGUUCACGUUAAAACUUUUUCUGAAAUACAAGCAGAAAAGAGAAAGAGGCAACUUAAAGAGGAAAUCCAAAAGGUUGACAGAAAAACAGCUGGUGAUUGGUUAGAGGACACGUCGAAGGUUGGCCUUCAAGAGGAUGAAGCACAUAAAAGUUUAGAUGUACAUAAGACAAAACAAAAGCCAGACGUCCAGGAUAAAGUGAAGCAGAGCAUCAGAGCUCACAAGGAGAAGGCGCAGAUUAUCAGAGAUGAGAACACUAGCAACAGUGAGGAAAAAAAUCAAUCCACAAAAAUUUCACGGGUCCCAGUCAGUGUUAAGGAGAUAAAAGAAACAUCCAAGGCUGCCGAGGAAAUCAAAGUAAAAACCUUAGAAGAAAUCAGAAGAGAGAAAGCUCUUAGACUCCAACAAGGUGUAAAAUCACAAAAAGAAGAAAAUACUGUCAAAUCUACUCCAUCCAUCCACAGAAGAAUAUUACGCAUCUCAAAACCAGCUGAUACAAACCUUGACCAAAGAACAGAACCAAGAACCACUAAAACUCAAGAAAAAGAGCCUGUUAUGCCAUUGCCAGAAGAACAGCAGAGGGAGAAGAGUCCGGCAGAAAAAGUCGAUGUCGAAAUGCAUCCUAUAGACCAUUCAACUACGCCUCCCGUUGUCGAGAUGCCUACUGGUGAUGACUUGGUACAGUCCAGGAAACCCAAUUUAAAGACCCCCAAGAAAAAAAUAAAAGGAAAAGCAAAGGUUAAUGUGGAGCCGCUUAUGAUGAAAAAUCACUCGCCAGUCAAAAGUGCAGUGAAAAGGAAAGCACAAGAGAGCCUGUCAUUGGCUUCUGUGAGACCCCUGAGCACAACUAAUGGUGUACCUGUAACCGUAGAAGAAAAUACUAAUAAAGCCUCUAUACAACAGAUUGCGACAGACGCCUCACCUAGGGAAGAAUCCUCUGGCAGCAAGUUGUCACCCAAACAACAUAAAGAAAGUUUGGAUCUUCCUGUUCCGGAGGCGAGUUGCGCCACCACUCCACAAGUUGUAGGAAAAAUCCGCAGAGCCAGCAGCACUUCCACAGCCAAACCGUCACUGUCCGCAGAGGAUGAGUUUGACAGUCUCAUCUGGGAGAUCUCCGAUGGGAAAUUGGAGGCAGAAAUUGACCUGGACCCUGGCAAAGAUGAAGAUGACCUCUUAUUAGAAUUGUCAGAAAUGAUUGAUAGCUGAGCAGAAGCAGGGCAAAACAAGCAACACCCAAAACUAUUUUCUUCAGGGAUAACCUAGACUCAUCAGUGACUGACUCCCCACAAUAGGGGGCACUGUGAUUAUUGUUUUUAUCACCCUGUCACAACUCUGGGUGCAAACUCUCAUCUGCCAGAUCUUAUCCAACUGGCAUCCAGCACUUUUAUAGAACUGAUUAUGUGACCCCCCAACUCACUGGGAAAAUCUGUAUGCUUUCUGAUUGGAGCUGUCAUUCUUACAACCCAUAAACUGAAAUAUUGAUGUUAUAUA